GGCAUCGAGUUUGCGCGAGAUCAGAGAGCUUUUACCACGCCGACGCCGACGCAGCAAAAAUCCAAAAGCUUCGAGUCGGCGUAGUCUGGGACCUGACGUCUCUCCGUUCGGGGGGAAAAAUCUCCACCGCACGGGGGUUUAUAACACAAAAGAGAAAGGAGAGAGAGGAGAAAGAUUAUUCGAAUAACGGAAACGAGACCGUCGACAACGGAUAGUCGAGUGAGGAGUGUGGCUCGCGUUAGAUAGGAUGCGUGUGCCUGGGUGCGGUGUGCCACCACCCAACAAUAACAAUCAAUUAACAACAAAUAAUAAAAAUCAAGAAAAUAUUUUCAAAAAAAGUCAGGAAAUUUCCAGGCUACAUCAUCAAUUUAGGGGAACUAAUCAUCAUCAUAAUCAUCAUUAUCUUCUUCGUCACUAUCAUCAUCAACAUUCAAGGUCUUUAGAUCAGCAGAAAAUUAGGAUUUUCAGAACGGAAGGACACUUUGGUCCUUCCGUUAUUAAAAAAAUUAUUGAGAAGAGAAAAUUUUGUGGAAUCAGAGAAUACGAUUGUGAAUUGAGAUAAUUUUUCUUUUACGAAUCUUUCGCUGUCUCUUUCUCUCUCUCUCUCUCUUUAAUAAAAUUAAAAAGAGAAGUUUGUUUUUGUUUUUGUUAUUUUUGCAAAAAAAAAAAAAUAAAAAAGGUCCCGCGCGCUCUCACACACACGGGGACCAACGAUUUUUCUUGAUUCAAUUGUUCCGCGGGACCAAUUGAAACCGAGAGUGAGAUUUCUUUUGCGAGUCCAUCAUUUACAAUUUGGCAGACACGACGUUUAGAAAACUGAAGUUCCAGGCCGAGGAGUGCCAGCCAGGUGUCAACCGGCAUCAGCCUGGACCACCACCGUCCCAGCUACUCAUGUUCAUCCCGGAUACUCUGAGGAGCUGCAUGGUGGAACCGGAUGUCUCGACUUACCUGCAGGCCCCUUCCGUAGGACAGGAUGAGUUCCAUCCAUUCAUUGAGGCCCUCCUACCAUUCGUGAAGUCAUUCUCCUACACGUGGUUUAACCUACAAGCGGCAAAAAGGCGUUACUAUAAGAAGCACGAGAAACGGAUGAGUCUCGAAGAGGAACGACAGUGCAAAGAGGAACUCCAAGUGAGUAAUAUUCAAUUAUUUUAA